CGAGGAUAUUCUUAGCACCACCAGAACACGAGUGACCAGUCAACGGCGAGCAGCAGCGUGUAAAGCCAGAUAUGGAUAACGUGAAGCGACUGGACGACUCAGAAGGUUGGACGACCAUGGACGACCUUGAGAAGCACAAGAUCAGAAGACCGAUCGACAGCCUUUCCGGUGUCACCUUUUGCGGGUGUGGCUUCUUGGGGGUGUACCUGGUGGGUGUGGCCUCCUACUUACAAGAGCACGUCCCUUGUGUGCUGGAGAAGCAGUUCGGCGGAUCUUCUGUGGGUUCUUUGGUGGCGAUUUGCCUCAUCUGUGACAUCCCUCUUUACCACAUCCGACAGAAAUUACUCGCCACAGCCAAGGAAGCCAACAACAAGUUCCUUGGUACGCUCAGUCCUUCUUUCUCCCUGGAAACGCCUCUCCUAAGGGCCUUGCUAGACUUGUUACCCGAGGACGCUCACAUCAAGGCUUCUGGAAGACUUUUUCUCUCACUCACUAAAGCUUCUCGACUCUCUAAUGAGUUAGUUAGCGACUUCAAAACGCGACAGGAGCUCGUGCAAGCCAUCGUCUGCUGCUGCUACGUGCCGGUUGUCUCGGGCUUCUCCGUGCCCAGCUUCAAGGGAAACAUGUACGUCGACGGAGCGAUGAGCAACAACUUGCCGCUGAAGGGUCCGAACACCCUGAGCGUCCACGCCUUCGCCGGCGACUUCGACAUCUGUCCUGAAGACCAGGGCUUCUCCAGCCCCUUGAUGGCCACGGCCUUCAACCAGCGCCUCACCCUCAGCCUCGCCAACGUCAGGAGAUUCGCCUGGAGUCUCGCCCCGCCCGUGCCGGAGGAGCUCGACAAGUUCUACUACGAGGGCUACGCCGACGCCCGGAGGUGCAUCACGCAGAACUUCAAGCUGUGAGUGGACGAGGGGAGGGUCCUCGGGGAAGUGUGGUUACGUUAUACUGUGUAUAUGUAUUAAAACAUGCAUAUAUACUGUACAGUGAGUCAACACACAUACCUACGCAGCGCGCGCGUGUGUGUAAGCUUGUAUGUGUGUCUAUAUAUCUGAGUGUGUAUGCAUUUGUAUGUCUCUAUGUGUAUAUUUUCCGAUGAAACAUUCAUAAGUAUAGAGAGACUUGAACUUAUACACAUAUGACCGCAUGUAUAGGUGUAAAAAAUGUAAAAUUAAAUUUGUAUCUAUACUAAUA